AGAUCAAAAAAAGUGGGUUAUGAUGGGUGAGCUGCCAGCCCCAGUCAUGCCCCCGCUUCACUAAGCCUGGGCCUGAGAUGUCAGCGGCACACGGAUUUCACUUUCCACCUUAGUUACAAAAACCCUCCCAACAAUCUAAAAUCCCAGCCAUUGUGCUGCCACCAACUCAGAUUUGCAGUCUGCGCACGUUUUUAGUGUUUGUUUGUCUUUGCCGAUGUGUGAGUCAUCUCUAAAACUCUGAAGAGUGUCUGAUAUAUCUCAGGAUCUGAGCAGACCUCAAACCCAAAAAUGUGUGGUGUGAUUUGCUGCUGUGUUUGUGGACGAAUACUCAGGCAUUUAAUCACAGCGUGCCUGUGCAGAAGUUGGUGUGUCUGUACGUUUACACUGUCUGCAGACGAUGGGAUUUGGGCUGAAUGUAGGCCAGCAGAAUCCCUGUUACGUCAAAGGCAGGCAGGCGGGCAAAUGCAGGAGGAGAGCUGCUGGUGGUUGUGCAGCUGUGACCAUGGAGGAGGCUGUGGCGCACAUCAGUCUGCCAGAGCACCGCUGGCGGUGAACAGGGAGAGAAGCAGCUAGGAAGAGACGGAGAGCGCCAACGAUGAAGACCGUGCUCAGCCUGCACAGGAAAUGGGCCCACGCGGUCAAGACUAUACGUAUCCUUCAGGGACUCAACCCGGUCAUGGAGGAGACCGUGUGGGAGCAGUACACCGUGACCUUGCAGAGGGAUCCGAAGAUGGGCUUUGGCAUCGCAGUGUCAGGGGGGCGAGACAACCCGAACGAGGAAAGUGGCGAGACAUCCAUUGUGGUGUCCGACGUCCUGCAAGGAGGACCUGCUGAUGGCUUGUUGUUUGAGAAUGACCGAGUGGUGCAGGUGAACGCCAUCCCCAUGGACGGGGCCAUCCACUCCUUCGCUGUCCAGACCCUCAGGAAGUGUGGCAAAGUAGCAAAGAUUACAGUCAAGAGGCCCAGGAAGGUUCCAGUCAAUCUGCUGAACCGUCCCCCGUCACCUGAUGACAGAGUCUUCAACAACGACUACAAUGACGAUUAUUACGAGCAGGACCGCCGCAGUAUGUACAGCAGCCGGAGUGGAGGUGGGCGGGACCACAGCCUGGAGAGGGAGCGAGGCGGGGGAGGCUACAUGGAUUCUGGCUACCAAACACGUGAGCGUGACUACGACAGGGACUAUGACCGGCGGGAACGUGGUAGAGGCACAGAGAGAGACCUGAGCCCGGACCGGCAGUACAAGAGAGAUGGCAGCAGAGGUCGCACUUUGGACCGAGAACGCAGCCCGGAUCGCCCCUACAAGGGGGACCACAUGCCCGUGCGCGACUACAGCCCGGACAGAAGGUACCGCAGCGAGCACGCGUUAGACCGAGACCACAGUCCCGACCGGCGCUACCGCAGCGAGCGAACGUUGGACCGCACCAACAGCCCAGACCUGCGCUACACACGUGACAGCCCUGCACGAGGCCGCGGCCGCGACCACAGCUUCGAACGAGGACGGGAACGCAUCCCCAGUGACCUGAGGAAGUACGAGGAGCCGCCAAAGCGGAGUGGGAGCAGAGACCGUCUGGAGCGCUCCCCGUCACCUGUCGCCAUGCCCAUCCCUCUGCCCCGCCCCGCCCGGGACUUGGAGCCACUAGAGAAACCCAUGAAUGUGCUGCUGCUGAAGAACCGGCCCAACGAAGAGUAUGGCCUUCGUCUUGGCAGUCAGCUCUUCAUCAAAGAGAUGACCAGCACAGGACUUGCCAGCAGAGAUGGGAACCUGCAGGAAGGGGACAUUAUUUUAAAGAUUAACGGUACGGUGACAGAAAACCUGUCACUCAGCGACGCAGGGAAGCUGAUCGAGAAGUCCCGCGGGAAGCUGCAGCUGGUGGUGCAGAGAGACAAACGGCAGGUGCUGAUCAGAGUCCCCCCAAUGGCGGACAGCGACUCGGAAAUCGAUGAUAUCUCCGAGAUUGAGUCGUACCGCUCCUACUCUCCGCAGGAUGACAGGCGGGGCCACCACUCCGACCUCUCCUCCCACUCCUCCAAUGAGAGGCUAAGAGAAAAGCCCAGAGAGGAUCCACCCAACAGACUGGCAAAAAUGGGCGCCAUGCCAACACCAUUCAGAAUUCCGGACAGGGCUGUAGAAGACAUGCCCCCUUUGUCAGCAGAAAGGGAGGAGCCCAGACCAGAAACGCCACCAGUACUAGCAGCCACUGUAGUUCCAAGGGUUCAUGCUCCUCCUAAGUUGCCCCUAAAGCCAAGCAUAGAGGACCUGGAAGUGUAUGGGCCGAACACAGUGAUGGUGCGUUUCCAAAAAGGAGACAGUGUGGGUAUGAGACUGGCAGGGGGAAAUGAUGUUGGCAUCUUCAUUGCUGGUGUUCAGGAGGACAGCGCAGCUGAGCAGGAGGGUCUCCGCACAGGAGAUCAGAUCAUGAAGGUGAACAACAUGGACUUCAGAGGCAUGGUGCGUGAGGAUGCUGUCCUGUAUCUCCUGGAGAUUCCCAAAGGAGAAGAUAUAACCAUUCUUGCUCAAAGCAAACCUGAAGUGUACAAGGACAUUUUAGCAUCUGGCAGAGGUGACUCUUUCUUCAUCAGGACCCACUUUGAGUAUGAGAAGGAGUCCCCUCAGAGCCUCCCUUUCACCAGAGGAGAGAUCUUCAAAGUGACGGACACACUUUAUGAUGGCAAACUGGGCAACUGGCUCGCAAUCCGCUCUGACAAAGACAACCAGCUGCGGGAGAAAGGAAUCAUCCCCAACAAGAGCAGAGCAGAACAAAUGUCCAACGUCCAGAAUGCCGCUCGGGUAGCGUCAGGCAACGACAGAGGAGACUUCUGGAGGCUGAGAGGUCAAAGGGCGGCGAAGAAGAAAGACUUACGCAAGAGCCGAGAGGACCUGAGCGCAGCUCCAGUCACCACAAAAUUCCCUGCAUACGAGAGAGUGGUCUUACGCGAAGCUGGUUUCAGGAGACCAGUGGUGAUAUUUGGGCCCAUUUCCGAUGCUGUGAAUGAAAAACUGGCCAAUGACAUGCCGAGCGAGUUUGUAGUCGCCAAAACGGAGCCCAAGGAUGCCGGAAGUGAGAAAUCCUCCGGAGUGGUGAGACUAAACACCAUCAGACAAAUCAUUGAACAGGACCGUCACGCUCUGCUUGAUGUGACUCCCAAAGCUGUGGACACUCUGAACUACACCCAGUGGUAUCCCAUCGUCCUCUUCCUGAACCCAGACAGCAAGCAAGGCGUCAAGACCAUGAGGAGCCGCCUCGUACCCGGAUCUACCCGCAGCGCACGCAAACUGUAUGAGCAGGCCGUCAAGCUGAGGAAGGCCUGCUCGCACCUGUUCACUGCGACUAUCGACCUGAACUCGGCCAAUGACGCGUGGUAUGGCAGCGUGAAAGAUUCAAUUCAGGAGCAGCAGGACAGAGCUGUGUGGGUGUGUGAGGGCAAGUUGGACGGUUCAGACGAGGACCUGGAUCUCCAGGACGACCGCAUGUCCUACCUGUCGGCAAUGAGCGCAGACUACCUGAGCAUGGACAGCCGCCUAGCCAGCGACUACGAGGACACAGCGGACGAGGGCGGGGCUUACACGGACAACGAGCUGGACGAGACACUGGACGAGCCCCAGCCGGUGUCGGCCAUCAGUCGAUCAUCGGAGCCCGUACUGCCAGAGGAGAAGCCUCACCCUGAACCCCGGGCUCGUAUGAGGAGGGCAGGGAGCAGAGAGAUGCUGAACCGAGACCCCAGCCCUCCUCCUCCUUUUACCCCCGAACCCCCGAAGGUGCGGGUUCAGAAUCGGACCGAGUCCUCGCGCAGCUAUGACUCGCACUCCAGCAGCACCAUCAGCAGCGAUGCAGCCGGUGUAAACAAGCCGCUCCCCCCUCCUGUGGCCCUCAAGCCCACCAUCCCCCGUCUGAACCAGCCGUCAGUGGCGAAGGGGCCGGGGGAGGAGGACCCCGCCAACACAUCCUUCCUCGGCAAGAUUAAAGCUUUUGAGAAGAUGGACCACCUGGCCCGAGCUCAGAGGAUGCUGGAGCUGCAGGAAGCAGAAAAUGCUCGAUUGGAAAUCGCCCAGAAGCAUCCAGACAUCUACGCUAUCCCAGUGAAACUGCCAAAACCCAACCUCAACCGUCCUCAGCCAAUAGGUUCGAGCUCCAACCCCGAGCAGCAGCCUCCCUUCCGACCGUACUCUGAGUCCAGAGGCUACGAGGACGACGAGGCCGACUACCGCAGGCAGCUGGCCGACCAGACCAAGAAAGGAUACUACAAUCCUCAGAAAUACAAAGACACUGAGCUGUAGGCUGAGAAACCAGGAAGUGACAUCAUCAGCUCAUCUGGACUCCUCCCUACAUUAAUUGCCGUGGUAACCGCUCAUGCAGCACUACCUUGAUGUAAACUCUCAGAACUUUGUUUGAGGUCCAUUGUAACACUAAUUUCAGACACUUUUCAAUACACAAACUAUUCUUACAAAGAGCGUAUUUUGGCAAACAAAAAAUGAACCUGUUGAUAUUUCAGUGUAUAUAUUCUUAUUUUUAUUUUUUUUUUUAAGUGUCUGAAGGUUUUAUUCCCCCCCAGCCCCUCAUGUAUUACUAUGGCAUUAGAGUCACCGAGACAAGUUAAAAGAUUAAUACCUCACGAUUCUUUUAAACACCCAGGUUGUUAAACUACACUUUUUAGUUUUGAAGGUAUUUCCAGAAUGCUUAAAGACUCUUCCAACCAAAAACUAUUACAUUUAACUCCUUUCUAACUUAGGUUGCUCCUGUUUUUUUUAGAAAACUAUGGUCCGUAACAAUAUUUAAGCAAUAGCUCAUGACAGGCGGUUGCGUCAAGCCGAACAACGCCCCUUAGCUGCUUUAUAAUCACGUCUUACAACCUUAAGUGGCCUACUGCUUUUAUAAAACUGUCUUCAAGUAUGGCAAUAUGAAAGUAAGUCACAUUCCAAUUUAAAUAGAUCCUCCUGGGCUGGCUGGCUGGCUGACUGCACAUACCAAGGCGGUUGCUACGGAACACAGCACAGGUAACGUUAGCCUACAUUAGCAGCUAGCACAGACUAUUUCUUUAGCUUAAUGCUAAAGAAAGGCACUCAACACAAACUAACUUAUCGAGACAGCAGUAGACCAGCGACUAACCAAUCAAGGCAGCGGUAGAACAGGAACUCCGGUGGCUUUUUCUAUUUACAAAUAUAAAACUUGUUUCACAUAUUGAGGAAGGACAUAUGGCCAGCUACCAUCUUUGUUUUGAUCAGGGAAGUCUUUGAGGAUUCUGGAACGAACUAAAACAUCAGUAAGUCAUGUUGGACAACCUUUUGGGUUUUGUCAAAGAUAUUUUUCAGAAAAGCCCCUUACCUGUGUUACUGGAGUUAACACCAUGCUGCAACCACACCGUAGAUAUGGUACAGAUACUGUGUACAGUAUCUACGUUUUACUUUCUAUUUAGUGCAUUUUUUUUUGUAUGCCACCAACUGUCUAACCACACACACACACGCGCAGCAGCAGCACACUUUGAUGUCAAAUAGGUGUUGGUCUUCCUCUUCUUGUUCCUGUCCUGCCAUGUCAAGAUUUAUUGUACCUCGCUACAUUCCUGAUCGGACAUUUGGAUAUAUCUACACACUACCCUGUGCAUUCUGGGAAGCGGCAUAUUUUCAAGUGCCUUGUAGCUCUGAUGUUAGCUUGGGGGAAAAAAUGAAAAUCAACAGUACAAUGUUCUUAAAUUGACAAAACAAACUCAUACAUGCACCAUCUGUUUCUUCUACUUCUGAGUUAAAAAAACAUAUGGACGUCAUGACAAGCUAACAUGUCUUUUAGUAAAUAGAGACAUGAUGUCACAGACUUUACUGUUAGAAUAUAAUCAUGUACAGAAUAUUCAGACGAUGGUGUGAAGAAUUACUUAGAGGUGCAGCACAGCUGAGGCCGAUAUGUCUUUACGAGCUGCUUGCCACCAGAGACAAUCACAUUGUGGUGGCAUAUAUGUUUUUAUAUUAAAUAUACAUAAACUCCGUCAAGUCUUUGUACACAGGAGCAUCUGGAAUGUGGUGAUGACAAUCAUUGAUCAUGUCUUUUAAAUGUCUGUUAGUUACUUUUUUUAAGUUUGUGAUCUCCUUAGUGUUACAGAACAGUCAAUUCAAAUAAAUAAAUCUCUUUUUUACAUUG